AUGUCGGCGAGCUCGGCAAGGAACGUUGCAUGCGAAGGGCCCAGGCUGGUUGUCCACGUCGGACCGCACAAGACGGGGAGCACCGCUCUGCAGGCCUUCCUCCAGGAUCAUGCAAGUUGGCUUCGAGAGCGCUGGGGCGUGACGGUGGGCUUUCAAGGUGGCCCAAAGAGCUUCGCCGUUGUAAAAAAUGGCCUUGUUGGUGGAAACUUCUUCCCGUCGACGGAAGCUCACCUUGCCGCUGUGAGCCGCUUGCAGCAGGCAAUGAGUUUCUUGAACUCCGGCCUCAACUCUUCAUCUCUCGUGGUCGUGUCCGCCGAAGGGCUUAGCUAUCUGAAGCUCGGGCACUGGGAAACCUUCAAGUCCAAGCUUUCUCCGGAGCCUUGUCUGUCUGCAGUGGUGCUCCACCGGGAUGCCGUGAGCCUGUUGCGCUCCGAGUGGUACGAGGUGAGCAAAAGUAGCAGUAAUCCCAUGAGCUUCCUAUCCUACAUGGCCGACAGGCAAGGCAAGCUAGAUCCAGACGAGCACGGAGAUUCUGAGCGACAGCUGCAGCUGCUCAACAUGUUGAACAAGGUAUUUGAUGAGAAAGUUGAUGCUGCGUCCUAUGACUAUUUGAGAGAGGCAAACUGCAGCGUGGCAAGCUUCCUUAUCUGCAAUGCCAGUCUUCGCCUGACAGGUAAGUCGUGGGCGCAAUGCAGAGGCUCACUCGACGCCCGAGCAUCCAAUGUGGUGCUGAACAAGGCUGUGCCUCACGCAGCAAUUGAUGUGGUGCGACUGGCAAAGGCGCGUUAUGCAUCGAAGCAAGCGACACGAAAGCACGAAAGACCUUGUAAGCCUUGGCCUUUGGUGAACAAAACCUCGAGGCUGUCGGCAAGCACCGACGUGAAGCUGGCACCGACUCCGUCACACCCCGAGAUAGUCGCGGCUGCGGAGCAGAUGCCCCUCAAGUGCGAGCGACUUGAUGGCCUCUUCCACGCUGAGAUGGAGAAGUGGUUCGCACUUUCAGGGGCGCUAAAACCCAGGUCACAUCCGAAGCCCGUCUGUGCCGUCGACCUGACCUCGCUAGAACCAAGGCACUGGCGAUUGAUCGACAAGCUUUUGCCCGACUGCCAGGGAAGCAAACUUGUGGCUGGAUGUGCACGGCUUGGGAGUUUAUGGGGCUUAGGCUAA